GUAUAAAGGCUUCUUAAUGAUAGGAAUAAUGAUGCUGGGGCUAACCUCCGUAAAACCAAUUUCCUACUGCAGCUUAGCUUGCAUCUGUAGAGUUAGCUCUUCAUAAAAUCUCUAGCUAAAUUGAAAGAUGACGGAUUUAAAUAAGCCUAACGUAGAAAUCGAACAAGAUGAAACGGAGAAUUUACUUCGUAUGGAUCCAGUUCGCUCCAGUUUCGACGUUGAAACAAGGCCAGUAGAACCGGACACUUUUGCAGGAGAAUCUGUUGUUGAAACUAGAUACACCGGUGGUGAUACAUUAGAUGAACCUAUUCGAGUUACUUUGCUUAACGAAUUUCGAGCAAUUGGCGAAAAACUGAUUUACAUCCUGUAUCCCAAGAACGCCCAAGUGCUAAGAGAUUGGGAUUUGUGGGGUCCUUUAAUAUUUUCUCUUGUUAUUUCGUUGUGCCUUUCUUUACCUGCAUCAAGCUCAGAUCGAGAGUCUAUUUUUACGGUAGUCUUUGCCCUCAUUUGGUUUGGUGAAGCUGUUUGUUCUCUAAAUAUCAAGCUUUUAGGCGCCAACAUUAGCAUUUUCCAGUCUAUUUGUAUCCUUGGCUACUCUUCAUUCCCUCUCGUAAUUUCAUCGGUUGUUUGUGCUUUUAUUGAUCGACUUUAUAUUCGCAUACCUGUUAAUGUAGCUAUGUAUGCGUGGGCUACUUUUGCAUCUUUGGGUGUCUUACAAAACUCCAAUCUUACCAACAAAAAGUUUUUAGCAGCUUAUCCUCUCUUUUUAUUUUACUUCUCCUUGUCUUGGAUCAUCUUUUUAUAAGUUGGAUCCAUUUAUCUAUCCCUCUUUGAAUGGUUUUUCUACUACUAAUUUAUGAUUUUAUAUACAUUAAUAUGCAUUCUAAUUGGAACAUAUUCAUCAUGCUAUCUAAUCUGUGUCCAUCAUAAAUUCUAAUCAAGUUUAAUGACUUUGAAUCCGCAAUGCGUACUCUUGUUGAGCGUAAGUAUUAAUCUGCGAAAUGAGUCUCACUUCUCUUUCCAAAACGUUCAAACGAUGAGGAACAUUUUCCUGCUCCUGCUUCCGAAGCAUUUCAUAACACGCAAGAUUCCUUUUCUCUGUCUCCAAGGCUUGGUGCGCAUGGGAUAUCUUUGAAAGUAAAAAGCUAGACCUCUCUAACAGAUUCUGUAGACGUUCCCCAACUGCAUUUUCCAAUUUAUUACAGGAAACAGCAUCUUGCGCGAGAAUUUUGUGAAUUAUAGAUGUGUAGAUCUUUUCAGCAGAUUGAACAUCUUCGUCAUCUUCCUCAUAAACAAUUAAUCCUGGCAAUAAAUUUGAUGUGUUAUGAAUAGAGUCGUGAAUUUCCAAGAAGUCUUUAUCAAAUGCAUUCUUUUCUAACCUGUUUUGUUCUGAUUCCAUUUCCUGUAAUACCAUUGUUUUACACUUGUCCAAUUCAGCAUUAGAUAAUUCUUUCACUGGCUUAGCUUUUUCUCUCAUUCUAAUGCUGCUCGUAGGAUGACUAAUACCAUCUGAUGCAACGAGUGCAAACAAUUCUUGAAACACAAGGCCUUCCGCAGGCGAGUCACUUUUGCACGCCCGUUUCCAUGAAGAUGGUUGAAUCAAGUUGGGUCUAGGAAGGCCUUUCUGUAUGACUUGCGAUUGGCGCUCUUGAGCUAAUCGAUUCAUAUAUGUCAAGUGUUCCUGAAGCCGACGUUCACGAUCAGCAGCAUCUUCUUCAAACUCUUCCUGCGGCAACUGUUCCUUUUCGUCAGCGAAUCUAGGUUCCAUUAAUUCAUAGUCGUCUCUGGGCUUUGGUAAUUUGGCAAAAAGACUCAUAAUUGUCUUUGUUCUAAUUUUUUUUGCUUUUGUAUCUGCAAUAGCCUGAGCAUUUUGAGUAGCUUUGUUGAUCGCAAACGUAUCACGUGGUGUGCGAUAGGGAGUAGCUUGACUGUAAGGCAAUCCAUCAACAGCUCUAGUAACAGAUUGAGCGGGAUGUUCAGGCUCAACACCAGCAAAUCCGGUGCCUCCAGACUGUAACGGAGUGUUUUCCUCCCCUAACAAUGAUGACUGUUCUCGAUUUUUUAAUAGUUGGUUUCUCGCUUCAAUCAAGAGUGCAUCUUCUUUUCCUUCUAAAGCACCACUUCGGGGAGUACGUAGCUGCGUCGUUCGUUCGAGUUGAGAGUAAUUACCUACCAACCCAGUACUAUGGCCUGCUGCUGGUGUCGUAUCAGUCAUGGAACGAGCGCGGUCACCAGCGAAUCCUAAUUUGACAACCUUAUCUAGCUCAUUUUCACUGACCUGUGGUGCUGGUAAAUUUAAUUUCCGUCUUUUGCUCAUUUGCUCGGCUUCUGCUAAACGUCUCAUUUUCUCAUCAUGAGCAUCAUUGUUGGGUCGUUUCACUUUCUCAACAGGUUUCGGCCUUUCAAAAUGGCCGCGAUCAUUUAAGCUUUCUUUACUCUUCUGGCCACGUUCAAUCAGCUUACGAUUUUCAUUUUGCCUUUCUCGCAAAUUUCUAUGCUCCUCUUCAGAAGUAUCGUAAAAUCCGAUUGCAGGCUUCUUCUCAAACGGGAUCGAAGCAUUGUAAUCCAUUUCAUUUUUCCUUCUUCGAAAUAGUUUUAUGCUAUAAAAUGGGUUAGUUGAGUUACUUCAUAAUCUUAGAAUAAUUUCUUACUUUACACCAGCAGCUUUUAGUUCGCGGCGCUUUUGCAAUUGAGAAAGCCGUUUUGUAAGUUCCAAUUGCUUUUCACGAUCCUUACGCUUGGCCUUUUUUCCUUGUGUAUUUGCAAGACGAGCACGAGCUUCACUCAGCAUUUCCUUUUCAUCUUCAUCCAUAUCAAUAGCAUCUGGUAGGGCCGGCAGCGUUUCCAAAUUGGGCUCAGCGUCUCCAAAGCGAAGUCGAGAAUUUGGAUCAUUCACAGGAGGAGCAGCUUCUGCACCCUCUCCUGUAGUAAGUCCAAGCUGUUCAUUUUCCCGAGCUUCUAAAUCAUCUAAAAGUUUCUGAUAUCUUUCUAGACACUGAGUAGCAGUACGACCGACAAUGGGAGCGAUCGUUCGCCAUUGUGUUGGCAACAGCUUUGCCAAGUGCAACAGUUUUUCGUCUUCUUCACGGCUCCAUUCUGUCUAAAUUUACAUAAACGUUAGUAUCUAUUUGUUUUUGAAACUUCUAUACACCCCUAUUAAGGGAAGGACUUCUUCACAUCCAAAGAAGGGGAGCAUAGAAAGGAGAAAAGCGCUACCUUUUUUAUACUAGGAUCAAUCCAUUCAUACCAGCGAGCCUUACACUGCUUGGGUGUUUUGCGAACCAACAAAGAGCUGAUUCGAGCCCACUGGUUUUUUCCGUAUUUACUAACUGCCGCCUAAAAAUAGUUAGUAUAUGCACGAAAGAAGGGUAAAAAUGAGCUAGCUCUCUUACCUUUAAAAUCUCAUCCUGUUUGCCAAUUCGUUAGUAAUUUCCUCAGUGAAUAAAGUAAUCUUUCUGUAUACCUCUGUGUUUUUCCAGGCACCUGAAGCGUUAGCAAACAUAUUUGUUAAAUAAAAAUCAC